UGUAAAAGUACAGCACGCAGGCCAGCAAGUAAACAAACGAACAGGACAGUCGAUAGGCCUGCAGAUGCUGCUGCUGCUGCUGCCCCAGCUGCGGAGUCGUGUCUGACCUGCAGGCACUCUUGGGACACAGGCUCAGUGACUGCUGUCGGUUUCUUCCAGCAUGCUGCCCACGAACGCCGCCCUCCUCCUCGUCCUCCUCUUGGAAAGUGGCAAAGGCCAGACGCCCUGCCACAACGCCACGGAUCCCAGCUGCCCCAAGCCCUACCAGGACGUCUACACAAAAACCAGGGACGUCACAGAGAUCCCAAAGUCCGCCAGUCCCAUCAUUACGGAAAUGUUCUUUGUGGAAACCAGCCUUGUUGAAAUCAAAGAGAAAGCCUUCCAAAACAUGCCCGACCUGGUGAAAAUUGACUUUAUCAACAACAAGAUCAAAACCGUGGAGGUGGGAGCUUUUGACAACUUGGGGAAGCUGGAGGAGCUGGAAAUCUCCAGCGCAGACCUAGGCAGCCUCCCCGUGGGCAGCUUCCGGAACCUCUCGCACUUGUGGAAACUGAGCUUGCGGGGAUCUGGUAUCAAAGGCUUGGAGAAAGGACUCUUCGAGGGUCUUGGGAACUUGGAGCAGCUUUAUCUGCAUUUGAAUGAGAUCCCUUCUCUUCCUGAAGGUGCCUUUGACGGACUUCCCAAGCUGAAAUUGUUGCACUUGGCUGAAAACAAGAUUUCAAGCAUCUCGAAGGAUGUCUUCAAGCAACUGACUCAGCUGAAUACUCUCCGGCUCUAUCAGAACGAGAUCAGUGGCCUCACGGAGGGGAGUCUGGACAGCCAGCACAGCCUGACGGAGCUCAGUCUCAGGAACAAUAGGAUCCGAACUCUGCCACCGAACCUGCUGAGGAACCUGACCAACCUGGAGAAGCUUUCUUUGGGCAACAACCUGUUUGAAGCUCUCCCAGGUGAGAUAUUCCUUGGACUGAGGAAAAUGAAACAGCUAGAGCUGGCUUCCAACCAGCUGAAAGUGCUCCCCGGCCAGCUGCUUGCGGAGAUGCCUCUCCUCCAAGAUCUGGACCUGAGCAAGAACAAGCUCUCUUCUCUGGAGAGCCUGGUGCUGCAUCCUUUCCCAAAACUGACAACCCUCAAACUCCAGAGGAAUCUUCUAGAGAGCAUUCCCACGGGCCUUUUUGACAAGUAUGGAAAUCUCAAAUCUGUGUACCUUGGUGGGAAUCCAUGGCGGUGUGAUUGUCACCUGCUCUAUCUCCACCGGUGGAUGAAAGCUAAUCCCAAAAGUGUGAAGGAUGCCGCUAAGGUCAAAUGUAGAAGCCCUGAUGAUCUGGUUGGGAAAGUGGUCAAAUCACUGACAGAAGACCAGUUCAUCUGCUUCACAACCACACCCAUUUCAGCCACCUUUGAAAGCACAUGGCUGCCCAGGUCCACUCUUCCACCUGCUGUCACAGGAGGAACAACUGCAACACUUCCCUCAGCCAGUAAACCUUUCACCACUGCUGUUGUUAUAACCACCAGUGUCCUUGAGCCCACCACGAGCAGGACUAUCCCCACCAGUACAGAGAUGAUGAUUACAACUCCUCAAAUUACCACCAGCACUGGGAGUCCCACCAAAACCUUGAAGACCAUGAGCAGCAGCAGCAGUACAACAGCCCCUGGAACUACCAUCACCACCACUGUCCCCACAGAGACCCCAGUUACAAGCCCCCAAAUCACCACCCUCACGCAAAGUCCCACCUCAACUGAGACAAGCCCCAAAACCACCAUCAAGAUUUCAAGCAUGGUCUCUAAAUCUAAGUUCGCCAGUAGCUGGACUGACACUGCUACCCCUGACAUUAUUGCUGGGACAUCCCUCGCCUCUACAUCUGGUGACAGCUCAACCACAGCCGCUCAAAUCUUCACCACCAUCAUGGCUGGAUUAGCCAUUGUGCUAAGGGGGCUGCAGCCUCCAGUCCAGCAUCUCAGAGACCCAACUAACUAG